GCUGGGCUCCUCGGAGACCCAACCAAGAAGCGCCGCUGCAUCCAAUUCGUCCUCGUGCUGCCGGGCAAUCACCCUGCGACUCUGUGGCUGCAGAAAUUCUGCCCUGUGGCAGCCGGUCCACUCAACGGAGCUGCGGACGAGGUCCGGCCAGUUCAUAUGGAUGGACGUUUGCUGCCACCGCCGCCCAUCCGACCCACUGACGUACUGGUUCCUCUGCGACAUCCGGCAAAUGAAGACCAUCCUCGAAAUCGGAUCGGCGCCCAGCUCUGGCUAUGGCUCGCCCGGUUUACCUGGUGUAUCUGGCUUACCUGGCUCGCUCGCCCAGCAAUAUGACGAACCGCUCGGCUGCCUUCCCCCGCCAAUGUGCCAGGACGCAGAUCUGCAAAAGUGUAUCCUGCGCUUGACGCCCUUUGGCACCAUCGACCACAUUCUGCCGUCGUCGUUCCUGGGGUACGGACUCGAUGAAAUCGUCAACCAGUCGGCCAUGAAGUUUGUCCAUCGGCGGGAUGUCCACAAAUUCUGCCGCGGACUCGAUACCAUGUUCAAGGGCGGAUACUGCCGCUUUACGAUGCGCUGGCUGUUGGGUUCCCACGGCCCGGUCGACUCGGGAUACGGCUCAGAGUUCCUCCUGUGCGAGUGUCUCGAGAGCAGAUCGAUGCACUCGGGCAGCUUCUCGGACGGCUCGUGCACUCCUAGUCCCAAUGGUCCCGGCUCAAGAAGCAUCCUCCCAGCCGACGAGAGCACUGGCUCUGCACAAGAGCGAGCUGCCAGGAACAGCAAAUGCCCGAGCUCGCACUGCGGAACUGCACCCGACGGUCUCACAGUCAACUGCAGCUUGGUUGAUGGAACAGUGCUGGUUAGGGCCGAUGCCGCCCAUGAGGACGAUUGCAGCUCAAGCUGCUUCUCGCAUUCUGAUCAUAUUCCGGUGCCGUAUCCAUCGAGCACGAGCACCUCUGCCCAGCAAUACCACCCACACGCAUUAAGACGACGGAGACCCUACCGAUGGGUCGAGGUCUCGGCCGUGCUCUCCCGGGCAGGGCCGCUCUGCGUCCUUACUGAAAUGGAUGCCUGGCGAGCCGAGCAAGAGGAAGCGAGUCUCGACAAUGCCGAUGAUGUUGACGAUGGCGACGGUGUCGAUGAUGACGACGAUAUCAAUGAUGCUGAUCAUGCCGAGGAUGCCGAGGAUGCCGAUGAUGUCGAUGAUGCGAUCGAUCGUAUCGGAGAUCUGGAGAGCGACGAAGAUAUCGACAGCAACGGCGACAUGGACACCAUCGAAGACACUGAUUCUGCCGACGAGAUGGACAGCAGCUACCCUUUCGAUGACGUUGGUGGCCCGACAUCAAUACCAACCCAAGAGCAGCAACCAUGCAACCCGGCAACACCCUCCCCAUCACCCAACCCCAACGGCAAUUCACUUGGGUGUCGGCCCGUGGCAUCUUCCUGUCAGAUGAUCGGCAGUCCAUCCCAACCCGAGACUCAAUGCCAGGAAGCUUGCGUGCAUUGCGGCGCUGCUCCGGAUCGCACCGCAACGUCAACUCUUCGUCUGCCUUUGGAUUUCCUGCGCGAGCAAUGCCGAUCCAUCCAUGCAGCUGCUUCGGAGCAGCUUGGUCUUGGGCUCUCGCACCCUAGGGUCGUCGCUCUGGUCGAUGAUGCAGAGAAGCUUGUCAGCGCGGGACUGCAGUAUCUUGAGCGAUACUAUGUCUUUUGUCGAUCGUGCCUCAGAUGGGCAUUCCUGGGGCGAAUAUCGGAGCUGCUUCGCAUGCAAGGCAGCAGCACAGCCGAUGCACCUCGCACCCGGGUCUGGCUGUCACCGCAGCGACUCUUGCCGGCGUCGGAAAGCAUCACCCGCAGAGCAUACAGUGCGAUGGUGUCGCCUGUGGCAAACUGAUGCUGCAUCACCCGUCUGUUGAAUGGCAGUGCCUGCCUUCUAGAUCAGCCCGAAUAUACCAGCCAUUUAUAAACAGC